UUUGUUUUCGGGUUUCUAGUUGAGUUCGAAGCCAUUUGCACUUCACACAUCACACAUGCAACAUUUCUUGAAGAGAAAACCCCUCCUCCUUAAACCCUAACAAUUCAACAACACUUUCCUUCUGGUUUUGCUGUGAAUUCUUUCUAUCCUCUAAAUCCCAGUUUUCUUUAACCCACCACAAUGGCUUCUGUGACGAGUAAAGCCAACCCACUUCUCUCAACUCUACCCCACGUUCUGACAUGGCCCAAAUUUGCCUUCCGCACCAUAUGCAGUGGCCGCCUUGGCUUCGCCACCUCCACCCUGCCGUCACCAUUUUCCGGUUCAGAAUCUCCCGUGGCUGGUAGAAAGAUUCUAGAAUCAUUUACAGAGGAAUUCGAAAUUGGUUCGCAGAAAAUUACUCUCGAAACUGGGAAAAUAGCUCGGUUUGCCAAUGGUUCCGUGGUUCUUGCCAUGGAUGAGACCAAAGUCCUCUCAACCGUUGCCUCUGCAAAGGGAGACGCAGUCCGCGAUUUUCUUCCGCUCACUGUUGAUUACCAAGAGAAACAGUUUGCUCAAGGUUUAAUACCAAGCUCAUUCAUGCGGCGGGAGGGCGCUCCAAAGGAACGCGAACUUCUUUGUGGCCGUCUUAUUGAUAGACCUAUACGCCCCCUUUUUCCUGCUGGAUUUUACCAUGAGGUGCAGGUUAUGGCAAGUGUUCUUUCAUCUGAUGGGAAACAAGAUCCAGAUGUAAUGGCAGCCAAUGCAACAUCUGCUGCUUUAAUGCUGUCAGAUAUUCCCUGGGGAGGUCCCAUAGGGGUAAUUCGUUUAGGGAGGAUCUGCGGUCAAAUUGUUGUUAACCCAAGCAUGGAUGAGCUUAGCUUGAGUGAUCUCAACUUGGUAUAUGCAUGCACAAAGGAUAAAACUUUGAUGAUAGAUGUCCAAGCACGUGAAAUUUCAGAAAAAGAUCUGAAAGCUGCAAUGAGACUGGCUCACCCUGAGGCUUGCAAGUAUCUGGAGCCUCAAAUUAGGCUUGCUGCUAGAGCAGGUAAGCAUAAAAAAGAGUAUAAACUUUCUAUGGUGUCAGAGAAAACACUUCAGAAAAUCCGUAAUUUGGCCAAAGAACCUAUUGAAGCUGUCUUUACAGACCCCACCUAUGGCAAGUUUGAGCGUGGAGAAUCAUUAGAUAAAAUUACCCAAGAUGUUAAAAGAUCACUUGAGGAAGAAUGUGACGAACAAGCCUUAAAUGUGCUAUCAAAGAUAGUUGACACAGUUCGGAAAGAGGUUGUUCGCAGAAGGAUUAUUGCAGAAGGGCUUAGAGUUGAUGGAAGACAUCUUAAUGAAGUUCGACCAGUGUACUGUGAAUCUGGUAUAUUACCUGCACUACAUGGAUCAUCACUCUUUUCACGUGGAGAUACUCAGGUUCUUUGUACUGUUACACUGGGAGCUCCAGGGGACGCUCAACAGCUUGAAUCUCUAGUUGGUCCUUCAACAAAGCGUUUCAUGCUACACUACAGUUUUCCUCCUUUCUGUAUUAAUGAAGUUGGCAAACGAGUUGGUCUGAAUAGACGUGAAGUUGGACAUGGUACUCUUGCUGAAAAGGCUCUGUUAGGUGUCUUACCACCUGAAGAUGAUUUUCCAUACACUGUUCGUGUCAAUUCAGAAGUCAUGUCAUCUGAUGGUUCAACUUCAAUGGCAACUGUCUGUGGCGGCAGCAUGGCUUUGAUGGAUGCUGGGAUUCCCAUAAGACAACAUGUAGCAGGUGUAUCUGUAGGUCUUGUCACUGAUGUUGAUCCAUCAAAUGGAGAUAUCAAGGAUUAUAGGAUAGUAACAGACAUAUUGGGUUUGGAGGAUCAUCUAGGUGAUAUGGACUUCAAAGUUGCUGGCACUCGUAAUGGAGUAACUGCUAUUCAAUUGGAUAUAAAGCCCGCAGGAAUCCCCCUCGACAUCAUCUGUGAAAGUUUAGAACAUGCACUUAAGGGUCGACUACGAAUCCUUGAACAUAUGGAGCACGAGAUUAAUGUUCCACGUAUUCAAGAUGAAAAGUAUUCCCCUCGUUUGGCCACUUUAAAAUACAGUAAUGACGUGCUUCGCCGUUUGAUUGGUCCUCUUGGUGCCCUGAAGAGGAAAAUCGAAGAAGAAACUGGGGCACGAAUGUCAGUUAGUGAUGGAACCCUUACAAUAGUUGCUAAAAACCAAUCUGUCAUGGAGAAAGUACAAGAGAAGGUUGAUUUUAUCAUAGGUCGUGAAAUUGAAGUGGGAGGUGUCUACAAAGGGGUUGUGACCACGGUUAAAGAAUAUGGCGCUUUUGUGGAGUUCAAUGGUGGUCAACAAGGGCUUUUGCAUAUCUCAGAGUUGUCACAUGAACUGGUAUCACGAGUUUCAGAUGUAGUAUCUGUUGGCCAACAACUCUCUUUGAUGUGCAUUGGGCGGGACGUGCGUGGUAACAUUAAGUUAUCUUUAAAAACCACUCUACCUGGAGCCAAAUCAAAGAAGUAUGAUGCUGCUGGUAAAUCUGCUUUGGGUACAACAAGCCAAACAUCUAAUGGAUGGGAUCCUAUUGUUGAAGUCUGUAAUGAGCAGGGAAAACAAAAUGUUAGCAUGGGGGUUGGGGUUCCAGGGUGUGAUGAAAGAGCAGGGCAGACCUCCACCCCUGAAAAACCAGCAUUCUUGAUACGUAGUGCUGCUGAAUGUGAUGAGGAGGAAAGAACUACCGGAGUGUAUUUAAAUUGUAAAACUAGUAGUAGCUGUACGACUGCUUCUAAAUCUGAUGAUAAAGAGCCGGUGAAUUCUUUAGAAUCCGUGAACUCUUUAGAGUCGGGAAAAAGUGGUAUUAACUCAUCCCCAGAGUUGCGUCAUUCUUCCAGAAAUACAAAGAAAACCAUAAAAGAGAAUAAAGAGAAAAUAACUUCUUCAUCACCAAGGAAGUCUAGGAGUGAUUUGAACAACAAUGCUGCUAAAUUUGUGACUCCGUUAAAAGCAAAUACGCUGAAGCUUGGAAUGAAGCUCACUGCCAAAGUGCAUCAGAUACGGAAACUUGGUUUAGUGCUUGAUUUAGGUGGUGGGGUCCGUGGAAUGUAUCGUUUUGAGGCUGGUGCCGAGAGGGUCUUUGAGGUUGGUGAUGAGGUGCUGGUGAAGUGCUCAAGUUUUUCAAGCAAAGGUGUUCCAGUAAUGUCACUGGUCGAAGACUCGCAGGAUGAAUAAUCAUCUAAAGACGAAGGCUGGAACUUUAAUAGCAAUGAGAACUGCUGAUUUGGUGCUACACAAUGCUUUAUAGCGUGAAGUUUUGCUGACAAACCUUGAACAAUACUGAUGCAUAUCAGUUCCUGGCCUUGUUACUUGCUACCUCAAGUAAUUUAAUUGUUUGGUAGGCUCGCUGACCAUCUUGCGUGUGUGAAUUUUGAUUCGUUAUUUAUCAUACAACUUAGACCACAUAUUUUUUCUUAGAUAAUAGUGACGAUGUUCUUCCAGGCUGAUCUAGCCACUUAAAGCUUGAAAGUAUUAUUAGGUAGAGGCAUGUAUAGUUUAGAAUGGCUGUUCAAAUAACAGCCCCACUGUACUAUGUUAAAAGACAGAGAUGAAUGCAUUACUUUUUGUUGUUAGUAGAUAUUAAUAAAUGAAAUACACGGCUAUAUAAAU